UCUUUAAAAAUCGCCACGCUUAAACAUGUGAUAUGAGCAUCUUAUCUUCUCAUUAUCCAUUCAUUGCAGCAACAUCCUCUUCAUUCAUUGACUAUUACCUAUGGCAGAUACCAAGAGCAAUCCCAAUGCUCAGAUUCUUGAAGAGCUCGAGGCUCUGAGUGAUACCCUUUACAAAUCACACACGUCCGCCACGGCUCGAAGAACAGCUUCGCUUGUCUUGCCGCGAAAUACUCCUGUUCCAUCUAUUGAAGAUGAUGACAAUGACAAUCACACGGCUGAAUCUUAUGGUGAAAGUAGUAACAAACCGCGAUCCCGCCGCAUGUCCUUGUCCCCGUGGCGAUCAAGAUCAAAGCUUGAGGAUGGAAUUUCAAAGACAGAAACCAAAGAGGUGGUGGCUAAGACGUCAACGGCUAAUUUGGGAGAAAAUGAGAAGAAAGGGAUUUGGAAGUGGAAGCCUAUGCGGGCACUUUCACAUAUUGGAAUGCAGAAACUAAGCUGUUUGUUUUCUGUUGAAGUGGUUGCUGCUCAAGACCUUCCUUCUUCCAUGAAUGGACUAAGGUUAGCUGUUUGCGUUAGGAAGCACGAAACGAAGGAUGGUGCUGUUAAGACAAUGCCAUCACGCGUUUCACAAGGAGCUGCUGAUUUCGAGGAGACCCUUUUUAUCAAGUGCCAUGCUUAUUACUCCAACAACAAUCAUGAGAAGAGGCGUAAGUUUGAGCCACGUCCCUUUUUGAUAUACCUUUUUGCUGUUGAUGCUCAAGAGCUUGAUUUUGGAAGAAGCUAUGUGGAUUUGAGCGAGUUGAUUCGAGAGUCUGUGGAGAAGAGCCAACAAGGUUCGCGAGUUAGGCAAUGGGAUACGAGCUUCGAGUUAUCAGGAAAGGCAAAAGGAGGAGAACUUGUUGUGAAACUUGGUUUUCAGAUAGUGGAGAAAGAUGGAGGAGUUGAUAUAUAUAAUAAUAAUAGCAAUACCAAUAGUCCAAUGGGGAAUUCAAAGUCCAGCAAGUUGAGUAGUUUCUCGUCUUCUUUCGCACGCAAACAAUCCAAGUCAUCCUUCAGCGUGCCUAGUCCCAGAAUGACAAGCAGGAGCGACGCGUGGAGCCCUUCACAAGCACAGCAAGGUGCCAGCAUUCAAGGAAUGGACGACUUGAAUCUCGAUGACCCGAAUCCAGUUCAUGAUUCCUCUUCUUCUGCCCAGAAAGUCGAUCAUGACCGCAUAGAACAGGUGGAGGAUUUUGAUCUUCCAGAUUUUGAGGUUGUUGAUAAAGGGAUUGAGGUUCAAGAGAAGGAAGAAGAUGAAGGAGAGGAAUCUGAUAAAUCUGUAGAAGAGAAACCGAUUGCAGACGAGGUUGUGAAGGAAGUAGUGCACGAUCAUGUGCACCAUGCUAGAUUGUCUGAGCUUGAUUCAAUUGCUCAACAAAUAAAAGCUCUCGAGUCUAUGAUGGGAGAUGAUGAUAUGAAUAACAUGAUGAAAAUAGAUGAAGAGACAGACGCACUGGAAGCAGAUGAAGAAACUGUGACUAGGGAGUUUCUUCAGAUGCUUGAGGAGGAUCAAGACAACAAAGGAUACUUAUUCAACCAAUCUGAAAUUCCAUCUUUACAACUUGAAGAAGGACGAGACAAUUCUCCUGCAGAUGGAGGAGAAUCCAAAGUAUAUCUUUCUGAACUUGGUAAGGGCUUGGGUUGCGUGGUUAAAACACGGGACGGGGGCUACUUGGCUUCCAUGAACCCUUUAGAUGUUGCAGUGGCUAGAAAAGAUACUCCAAAGCUGGCAAUGCAGAUGUCAAAGCCUUAUGUGCUGGCAUCGCAUGAAUCGAUGAGUGGGUUUGAUUUGUUUCAGAAAUUAGCUGGCAUUGGUCUUGAUGAACUCAGCUCUGAAGUCUUAUCCUCCUUGAUGCCUAUAGAUGAACUGAUAGGUAAAACUGCUGAGCAGAUUGCUUUUGAAGGCAUUGCUUCAACCGUCGUACAAGGUAGGAACAAGGAAGGAGCAAGUUCCAGCGCUGCUCGCAUAGUUUCUGCUUUGAAAAGUAUGUCAAACAUUAUCAGUUCAGGAAGGAAAGAACGGAUAUCAACAGGACUUUGGAAUGUUGAUGAAGAUCCAGUUACUUCCGAGAAGCUUCUUCCUUUUUCAAUGCAGAAGAUAGAGUCUAUGACAGUCGAGGCACUGAAAAUUCAAGCGGACGUGGCCGAGGAAGAAGCUCCAUUUGAUUUUUCUGCACUCAGCUCAAAGAAAGGGGUUAGUGGGAAAGAUCUUUUGGCUUCUGCUAUUCCAGUUGAGGAUUGGAUUAGAGACCAAAGCUUAGGCAACAAUAAGGGCUCUGCAACUGCAAGUUCUGAUGGCGAACCUGAGAAAGUCACACUGAUAUUGGUUGUCCAACUACGGGAUCCAAUGAGACGCUAUGAAACAGUUGGAGGCCCUAUGAUGGUGCUUAUUCAUGCAACUCACGUUGGCACAGACGGGGCUGAGGAGGAGAAGAGGUUCAAAGUAAUAAGCAUGCAUGUGGGAGGUUUUAAGGUUAGGAGUUCUACAAAGAAGAAUGGAUGGGACAACGAGAAGCAGAGACUAACCGCAAUGCAAUGGUUAGUUGCAUAUGGGUUGGGUAAGGCAGGGAAGAAAGGGAAGCAGGCAGUGGCAAAGGGACAAGACGUGCUAUAUAGUAUUUCAUCACGGGUCGUGGCUGAUAUGUGGCUCAAAACCAUUAGGAACCCAGAUAUUAAGCUUGUAAAGUGAUUAGUUAUGCAUUCAUGUAUCAUAAAAAGCUUCAUUCAUGUAUCAUAGAAAGUUCUAUAAAAUAGGGUCUGAGACUGAGUGACCCUAUUGAUUAUUUUCAUUUUCAUAUUUCUUUCUUUUUCUUUUUA